AUGUCGACUAUUCCAGAGUACCCAGGGGUUCAGCUCGUUCAGCAGUCGUUCCCAAGGGUCUCGGCUCUAUUGGUGAAGUAUGCCAGUCGGAAGAUCAACACUAAGCUGGCAGCGCUGGGGGCUCAUCUAUGCGCCUUCGCGGAGGAGACGUCUUCCUUUUCUGACGGCAUCAAGAGAGCCCUGGAGAGAGAUCGGAGAAUCGACAGGCUCUUGUCUCAAGUCGAGCAAGUUAUCUGUUUCCAAGACACAUCUGUACAAACUAUCGCCAAGUAUCCUACGCUUCGAAAGGUUGCUGCUGCGCAGUCUUUCGUAGAAGACACAGAAGCUGGCGGUGUAUCCGGCCUUUUUGGCCUUGAUACCUUCUUCUGGGGAGACAAUAGCCAGGCAAGUUCAUCGCUCGCGACAAACAUCAAGAAAGCAGUCUCAAAGCGAAGGAUUGAUUACGACUCACUUUUCGAAAUUUUGGACCUGUGUUCCGAGAUAACAGCAAAAGAUGACCUGGUUGAAUCGACUGAUCUUGACGCAAAUUCGAGAUAUGAGGAUGUAUCAGAUUACACCAAACGUGCAAAAGAAGUUCGAAAGAUUCUCGCCAACCACGCACUAUGCAGUUGCACAGAUGCAGAAAAUCCAGCAAACACCAGACACCGGGCACGGCUGAGACUGAAGCCCGUUUACUCGGCAGAUGAUCACCAUCAGCUGCGGUUCGAUAUGCUAUUUUCUGCCACCCUAAACCCUCUCCAAGGAGGGACAUUGAAUUGGCAGGAGGUUCAAAUUCUAUUGUCUACCAGGAAAGCUAGCAAGGGCAAGACAAUACAUUUCGCAGGAGACCCCGUACCUCAGAGACAGGGAGCUGAAGAACACCAUGGCCACAUGAGCAUACAAGACUCUAAGAUCGUUGACAGCCUAUGGCCGAGCCAUCUGGGGAACUCAUUUGCAGCACAAGUCGGACUGCGUCUUGGAGAUAUCCUGGAAAGGUUCGACAUGAGGUACGGAAUGAGGCCAGUACUUGCGUACACGAUAGCCAAGGCAGUAUGGCUCCACUAUGAUUCGGACUGGAUGAGCGUAGCGACAAGCAGUGACGACAUUUUCUUCAUGGGGGAGGAAGACGACGGAGACACCAACUACUUCUGCAAGCCUUAUCUCUCGACGGAUAUUCAUACAGAAUUUCAGCAGCGAGAGCCGGAAUGUCGACAGGUCAUCGGCAUGAUGCACCGUUAUCCUCGCGUUCUGGCUCUCGGAAUAGUCCUUGUUGAGAUCGCAACAAGGCAGCAUAUCUAUUUCGAGAGCCAUCCGAGUACUUGGACGCCCAAAUACGCGAACGAAGUACUCACAACAUUGCGAAAGUCAUUACAGAACGAGAGUUUUCAAGAAGAUUGCCAUUUCCCUCGUUACAAGCUAGCUGCUGCGAAGUGUCUGGACCCGAUAUUAGUCCCGAAAGCAGGCAGCGAAAUGAACCCGCUGUCUUCCUUGGAAAGCUACAAGAAAAGCCGUUGGAUUGAACAGGUAUCUCAGCUUAACCACAUGGUAAGAAAAGACAAAAAGCAAGGCACGAAGAGCAGCCGCAUCAAGCUUGCCAUUCUGGACACUGGAUAUGACACCAACGCGCCGACCUUUGACAUUCCGAGCAGGUCAAAGAACAUUACGUGGCACGACUUCGUAUCAAAUUCGAUCCAUCCUGUAGACACUGACGGCCACGGAACGCACCUUCUGACACUACUUUUAAAGCUGGAGGUCCAGGCUGACAUCUUUGUUGCUCGCAUCACUGAGAACAGCCAGUCUCUCAAAACGGCCGAAAUAAACGUCGCGCAAGCAAUCCACAAAGCGGCCCAUGAAUGGGACGUUGACUUCAUUUCACUGUCAUUUGGCUUUCCGCACCACGUUAAGGGUAUACGAGACGCCAUAAAUGACGCAGUUCAUCACAAAGACGGAGCGAUCACAAUCCUAGCGGCUGCCAACAACGACGGCUUUAACAGCUGGGAGAUGUUCCCAGCAAACCUUGGUGACAAAGUCAUAUCGAUUCGUGGCACAAACGAGGAUGGGGCCUUCGACCCUAGAUUUAACCCUCCAAUGAGCUCGAGCGAGUCUGUAUUCGGGACCCUUGGUGUCGACGUGCAUUCAGAUUGGAUUGGUCAUGAGCUAAGCCGUUCAAUGUCCGGCUGCUCCGUCGCAACUCCAAUUGCAUUGUCAAUUGCAGUGAUGGUUCUUAAGUACGCAUCAAACCGGACAGAUCAUUUCAGCCCGCAGGACUUGAGGUUACUUAAAACUCGAAGAGGCAUCUUUGAGUUGUUCAAGGGUAUCUCCAUGACCCCUAUGAUCCAGUCACUAAGCCAUGGUCUAACGUCUUACCAGAGAUUAGCAUUCCAGCUGGAAAUGAGCGACAUUACCUGUCUCCCUUCGAGCUUUUUAAGCUGCGUGAGGACGUUCGCCUAG